GGGCCGCGGGCGGGGUGGGCGGCGCGGGGCGAGCCUGAGGCGCGGGCUGGGCGCACGUCGAGGGCUGUGGCUGCCGCGGCGGGUACGACCAGGGGCUGCGGACCCGGGAUCGAGGCGGCCGAACCCAGGUCGAGCUGUCGGGAGGGUGGAGUCACAGGGCCUGCAGAGAUGCUGGCUGUCCCAGAGAUGGGCCUGCAAGGGCUGUACAUUGGCUCUAGCCCCGAGCGGUCCCCCGUGCCCAGCCCGCCCGGCUCCCCAAGGACCCAGGAAAGCUGUGGCAUUGCCCCCCUCACACCCUCGCAGUCUCCAAAGCCGGAGGCCCGAGCCCCGCAGCAUGCUCCCUUCUCUGUGGUGGUGGCCAUUGACUUUGGCACCACCUCCAGUGGCUAUGCCUUCAGCUUUGCCAGUGAUCCUGAAGCCAUCCACAUGAUGAGGAAAUGGGAGGGCGGGGACCCAGGAGUGGCCCACCAGAAGACUCCCACCUGCCUGCUGUUGACCCCGGAGGGCGCCUUUCACAGCUUUGGCUACACUGCCCGCGAUUACUACCACGAUCUGGACCCUGAGGAGGCGCGGGACUGGCUCUAUUUCGAGAAGUUCAAGAUGAAGAUCCACAGCGCCACUGAUCUCACCCUGAAGACCCAGCUAGAGGCCGUAAACGGAAAGAAAAUGCCUGCCCUGGAGGUGUUCGCCCAUGCCCUACGCUUCUUCAAGGAGCAUGCCCUUCAGGAGCUGAGGGAGCAGUGCCCAUCGCUGCCAGAGAAGGACACCGUGCGCUGGGUGUUGACGGUGCCUGCCAUCUGGAAACAGCCUGCCAAGCAGUUCAUGCGUGAGGCUGCCUAUCUGGCUGGCCUGGUGUCGAGGGAGGAUGCAGACCAACUACUCAUCGCCCUGGAGCCAGAGGCUGCCUCUGUCUAUUGCCGCAAGCUGCGUCUACACCAGCUCGUGGACCUAAGCAGCCGGGCUCCAGGCAGUGGACGCCUGGGUGAGCGCCGCUCCAUCGAUUCCAGCUUCCGGCAGGCCCGCGAGCAGCUGCGCCGGUCCCGCCACAGCCGCACGUUCCUGGUGGAGUCCGGCGUCGGAGAGCUGUGGGCAGAGAUGCAAGCAGGAGACCGCUACGUGGUGGCAGACUGCGGGGGAGGCACGGUGGACCUGACCGUGCACCAGCUGGAGCAGCCGCAUGGCACACUAAAGGAACUCUACAAGGCAUCUGGUGGCCCCUAUGGCGCGGUGGGCGUGGACCUGGCUUUUGAGCAGCUGCUGGGCCGCAUCUUUGGAGAAGAUUUCAUCGCCACCUUCAAAAGGCAACGCCCGGCAGCCUGGGUGGAUCUGACCAUCGCCUUUGAGGCCCGCAAACGGACGGCAGGCCCACACCGUGCAGGGGCACUCAACAUCUCGCUGCCUUUCUCCUUCAUUGACUUCUACCGCAAGCAGCGAGGCCACAACGUGGAGACAGCCCUGCGCCGGAGCAGCGUGAACUUCGUGAAGUGGUCCUCACAGGGGAUGCUCAGGAUGACUUGUGAGGCCAUGAACGAGCUCUUUCAGCCCACGGUCAGUGGGAUCAUCCAGCACAUAGAGGCGCUGCUGGCACGGCCCGAGGUGCAGGGCGUGAAGCUGCUGUUCCUGGUGGGCGGCUUUGCCGAGUCGGCUGUGCUGCAGCACGCGGUGCAGGCGGCGCUGGGCGCCCGCGGCCUGCGCGUGGUGGUCCCGCACGACGUGGGCCUCACCAUCCUCAAGGGCGCGGUGCUGUUCGGGCAGGCGCCGGGCGUGGUGCGGGUGCGCCGCUCGCCGCUCACCUACGGCGUAGGCGUGCUCAACCGAUUCGUGGCUGGGCGCCACCCGCCCGAGAAACUGCUGGUCCGCGACGGCCGUCGCUGGUGCACCGACGUCUUCGAGCGCUUCGUGGCCGCCGAGCAGUCGGUGGCCCUGGGUGAGGAGGUGCGGCGCAGCUAUUGCCCGGCGCGCCCGGGCCAGCGGCGCGUGCUCAUCAACCUGUACUGCUGCGCCGCCGAGGACGCGCGCUUCAUCACAGACCCCGGCGUGCGCAAGUGCGGCGCGCUCAGCCUGGAGCUAGAGCCCUACGACGGUGCGUCCUCCGGCCGCCGCGAGAUCCGCGCCGCCAUGCAGUUUGGCGACACCGAGAUUAAGGUCACCGCCGUCGACGUCAGCACCAAUCGCUCUGUGCGCGCCGCCAUCGACUUUCUUUCCAACUGAGGGCGUGCGCGAGGACCAGUUCCCCAGUGCCAGGCCCCGCCCUCUUGUGGUCGUGGGGUCGGCUCUAGUGGAUGGGCUGCUAGUUCUGAAGUCGCGCCUCUUCCCCCACCCUCUAGUUCUGAAGUCGCGCCUCUUUCCCCACCCUCCCGCCUGGGGAGAUGAGGUCGCAGGAUGGGUGGGGACAGACUCUGGCUUUGGAAUUGGGCCCAGGUCCGCUGACUGGAAGGCUGCAGAGCCCUGCCAAGGGCUGAGGUCAAGGAAUCAGAAGAGGUUUGUAAGCCGGUGCGCCCACAGGGAACACGUCACCCCGAAGGCAGAAUGCACCAGAAGACCGAGCCCUGGCCUGAACUGGGGGG